AUGCUCGGCGAGUUCCCCGCGGCCGGAUCGGACUGGACUAGUGGAGGCGGCUCCGCUUCCCGUACUGCCGCUGGCGACUGGGGUGAUCGCCGCGUAUGGUCCGGGUCGGCCGCGACGCUCUCGGCGGCGCCUGAACGGAUACUUCUUCCGCAUGCUCGUCCGGGUCAAGAGCUGGUCGAUGUUCUCCGGAAAGAUGGUGGUGAGGUGGUGCACGGUAUGCCCGACACCGGACUGUUGGUCUCGGCUCGGGCUCCAUCAACUGGAUGCGGAAUGGCUCUUCUGGGCCACCUCGGUUGGCCUCGAGAGCGAUGGCCUGACUUCCUGCCCAUUGUCAGAAAUGAUUCGUUCCCAUCCUGGAUUAGCGAACGCAACACCGAACAGGUUUAG